CGGUGAAGUAUUAGUGGCAUUCAAACAACUUGAACAAAACUUCACUAAAUGAAGUCUUGCAAAACUUGAAGGUGGUCAUUUAGAGGCAGAACUCAUCUAGAAGCAUAUAUUUAAUAUUUAGAAGCUACUUCACAUCUGAUAAUACUUUUAUAUGCCCUAAAACAAAAUCUGCUCUAUUUGUUCCCUCCAAACUCAGACGUGUUCUCCAAUAUUUAUGCGAUUCAGGUCACUAGGGUUGAGGAACAAGCUGAGUUUGUUAUCUUCGAAUCGGUUCAGACGCCAUGAGCGACCUUGAGUUUCAUCGCCAGAAAAACCGUGAAACUUCUCUCCGACAAAUAUGGAGGGCGGCAACAUUAGGUGAAGAGAUCGAUAGCAAGGAUCUCAGCAAGAUUAACAUCGAGCACAUCUGUGCCCACAUUCGGAAUCUGCCAAGUACAGUGAAUUUGCGAAAUGUUGGAAUCCUCUUCCAUGGAGUCGCGAUUGCAUAUCAAGGGAAACUCAAAACCCGAUUACUUGAGUUAAACAUUCUCGAAGAGGAGGCCAGCAAUCUUGAGGACGAGGUGCCACUUAAAAAAGCAUCGAAUAACAAAUCUAGGCCAGAUCCUAAGGGCAAGAAACAGGCGCCACUUAAAAAAGCAUCAAAUAAUAAAUCUAGGCCAGAUCCUAAGGGCAAGUCACAUGCGCAAUUUGAGGAUGUGGACAUGGCGCUUGACAACUUAGAUUCAUCCGCGCUUGACAGACCAGAUUUAUCCGGCAUCGACGAUAAUGCACACCAAGCUGCUGAAGAGGAUAUCACCCUUGGUGAUCACUUGAAUUUACACCAGACUAGGGCAUCUCGCUAUCAACCGCCUGACAGGAUCGAGGGUGAUAUCGAAAUGCAUGAUAAUGAAGAUCCACAAGUUGAUGCGGGGCGUCAUAAUGAAAUGCCUGCAAUACAAGACGAUGAUGUGGGGUUCAAUAUGACAAAAAUACAUGGAUCAAGAGCAGAUAUGAACAAGACUGUACCCAAACCUUGAUUUAUUACCCUUAACAGAUCGAUUUCAACUAAUACAACUUCCAGAUCUAAACAAGAAACUCUCAAUCCUCACAACAACUGAGUUAUCAACUUGAUAAUCUCACAAUAAAAGAAUCUCAUACUCACUAAACUUUGAUUCAAGAUGAAUCAAAGUCUUACAAUGAAACCCUAGAAAUUUGCCAGAGAGAACUAUGAGAGAACAAUGUAAAAUAUCUGAAUAAUAAUUAA